UUGCAGAAGAGAAAGCUAACAUAUACUGUUACCCUAAAUCCUCCGCUAAUGCUAGCUGGGCUGGACAAUACAAAAAUGCUUACCUUCAUAAUUAAACAGGCACUGCUCAAUGAAGAAUUUGUAUCCUUUAUCAAGUUUGGAACAUGUCGUUAGUGAAUGUGUCUGUUAGUCGCUGCACAUCAUCUAGACCACCUAUUACUGGCAGAUGUAGAAGGGACUGGGUAAACUCCAUAGCGGAAGUUACAGUUCACUGCUUUGAGUGUGAAAAGGGUCUGUUUUCCAUGGUGUGUGUGUGAUUGUGCCCUGCAAUGGGUUGGCACACUAUCCAGGGUGUCCCCCGCCUUGUGCCCUGAGUUCCCUGGGAUAGGCUCCAGGCUCCCUAUUAUCCUCACUUUUCUUUAACUGACACACUCAAGUAAUGAAAUAUGAGUUGCAGAAUAAAGAAACAGGGAAAAAAGGAAACUCAACUGUGAGGGUGGCAAAAAGUUUCAGUUUACACUAGAGUUCAAGAUGAUCAAAUUAUAAAAGAAAUUAGUCAACUGUAGUACUUAAGAGUCAGUAAGGUAAGGUUAGCUUGGUCAGGAAAAUGAGCUAGCUAAUGGCAUACACAGUGAAAGGAAAAUAUUUUGCAUGUCAUGUCAACAAGAUGACUUUUUGAAAUGAAGAGGUUUUAUAAGCUCUUCAUGUUUCAAAGCUGAGCAGAAAUAUACUGCUUCGUUACUUAAUGACUUAAAACCCAACGCUAAAUCGCUCAGAUGCUUUUAUACUGUCCUGAGAGAAAUAAGCUGGGCACACCUGAGAAUAAGGCGUUGGGCGAGAAAGAUGGAGGAACACUAAAACAAACUUUACUAGUAAAAUUUACUCAUUUACUUAUUAUUAGCAGCCAGUGAAUGCUACUUUUCUGGGCUCUUUCUACAAGCGAUAAGUUAGUGUUGAAUGUGAGCUAACUUUAGAACCCUUCAAAGCCUUGUCUAGUUCUGAGCUGCGCUUAUUUGCACUAUAUGCCUAUGUUGAUUGGUCCUAUCACAGUAGAGUAUGCAAACGCAUCUCAUCUCACAGAAAACAUUUGAUUUCCUACGGUUUGUAAAAAUUGGGAAAAUUCUUAUCACAGUUUAAAUGAAGAAACUGCACUAGGUACAGAUUUAGUAUUUUCUUAGCACUACACUACAACGCGGGGUUCACAGUAAAUUUAACAAUUCAGAUUUGGUUUUAAAUACUUUGAAAGAAGAAGUCAUUAAUUCGCUGACUCUUAGCUAAUUUCUGUUCACUGUCAACUGCAGUAAAGGUUGUUAUCUCAGGACAAAAUUCACCACUGUAAAUAUUUGUGUAAUGUUUAGCGCACCAAAUCAAAGUGUUAACUUUCUAGUAACCUGAAAGGGAUUAGGCGUUUUAGGGUGGCAACUUUUUAACUAUUGUGUUGAACUGGCUUCUAAUUAAAACUUGUUUAUCCACUUCAUGUUGGUUCUUAAUUCACUUUCCUGAACACCAUCGUUGUGAGCCGAGCACAGCAGAUCUUUUCCUCAUCCCCUUGAAUGUUGAUGGAGUUCUUGCAGGGCAGCGGUGACUACUGCCACGCCCAACAUCGUAACGCCUGAACCUAGGUGAUACUGACCUGUCUCUGCCUGCUGAACUGAAACACCUUCACUGCCUGCCUCGCUCUGGCCCUAUUGACUCCUGAUCUCACCAGACACCAGAUGGGUUAAGGGGAGCUGUGGCUCAGGGCUACUGGACAGUGCUCCACCCUGCUCCGGCCCAUGUCUGAUCCUACUAGUGUUUCAGAGGAACAGGCAGCAGUUUUUAUUCAUACUGAUAGAUAGCAGGAGCCUCCUGAAGUGUUCCUCUGUGACAGAAGAGUGAGAGUAGCACUGUCAAUCAGACAGAUAGUGUAGGGCUGCUAGUGGGUGUGUUUUGCCCACAGGACGCUGGCUCAGCCCACAGUGUGCCUGGCUGUCAGACAUGGCCAGGAUGAAUCGACCGGCCCCUGUUGAACUCUGCUACAAAAACAUGCGCUUUCUGAUCACGCACAAUCCGACCAAUGCCACUCUGAGCUCCUUCAUAGAGGAUCUGAAGAACUAUGGUGCAACUACAGUGGUGCGAGUAUGUGAAGUAACAUAUGACAAGACACCACUGGAGAAAGAUGGCAUCACAGUCAUGGACUGGCCAUUUGAUGAUGGAGCUCCUCCUCCCACAAAGAUUGUGGAUGACUGGCUUUCACUGCUAAAGAAUAAGUUUUGUGAAGACCCCGGGAGCUGUGUGGCUGUGCACUGUGUGGCCGGACUUGGCCGAGCUCCAGUUCUGGUGGCCCUGGCGCUGAUAGAAAGUGGAAUGAAGUACGAAGAUGCCAUUCAAUUCAUCAGACAAAAACGUCGGGGUGCCAUAAACAGCAAGCAGCUGACCUAUCUAGAGAAGUACAGGCCUAAGCAGAGACUGCGCUUUAAAGACCCACACAACCACAAGAACAAGUGCUGCCUCAUGUGAGUGAGUCUCAGCCCAUCUGCCACUGAAGGAAUUCAUUAAUAAUUUGUGGAUGAAACAGGACUAAUGCCACAAACCCAAUGCAUUUGGAUUGUUUAACUUUUACUAUUUGGGACGACUUGACCCCUCCUAAUCUAUGUGAGACCCCUAAGUGUAAGGGCUUUAUGAACUCAGGACUGUGAAAAACAAGCCUCUUGAUAUUUGUCUUGAUCCUAAGUGUCUCACAAAUGGUGUUAUAUGUAUAUUUACACACAGACACACACACACAUGCAGUAUAUAAACAACCAGCAAGAUCUUCAGCAGACACUCCAAAGAUAAUCUUCAACUCCCUUUGGCAGGGCAAACAUUAAUGAACUUAUGGAAGAUUGCUACCAAAUCUGCUUGUUUAUAUCUUAUUAAUCGUGUACAGUUUUAACUAAAGCACAGCUUUUCUCUUUCCCUCUCUGUUAUGUAAUUUUAUUUCAAGGCUUGGCUUUCCAGUCCCGCUUUUUUGAACAUCACAAAUGGUUUUGGCAGAGACUGGUUUCAUAUAUAUAUAUAUAUAUA